UGUCGUUCAAUCUCACAAAUUAAUCUACACAUUUUCUUAUUUUUAAUUUUGAUUAAUGAUUUCAGUAAUUCUAUCCAUAUGAAUUUGGUUUAUAUCAAUUCAUUUUUUAUCUAUUAUUAUAUAUUUGUAAAUGAAAUAAAACUGGUUUAUUCACUCUAUGAUUACUGUAUUAAUAACAACUUUCUACAUUUAAAUGAUUUGUCAUUUCACUGUGAUCGAGAAUCUCCUGAUUCUUAUCCCUACCAAGAAGCUCUGAUGAAAUGUGUUGAGGAAACUGACUGUGUCAGUGUUAGGGUAGAUGAGUUUGAUGUGUAUAACGAGUCUUUUGGCUUAUCUAAACUAUGUUACUCUUCAAAUUUAACGGAUCUCUAUCCCCUAUUAAAUGGAAGGGUUUCAGUUAAGGCCAACAGAAUUUCAGGAGCUUUAUCAUCUUUAUAUAACAUUAACUUGAAUCGCAAAGGCAUUUGUAAACCAUCGCAAAUUAUCGGCACUCUUGAGACUGUUUCCUCCUAUUCCGAUGCCAUCAGGGAGUGCAAGAGGUUAAGUUGUGACUUUUUUACUUUAAAGUUUUUAAAACCUAGGACUCCAAACACAGAAUUUGACAAGAAUGUGAUAAUAAGUAAUUCUGCCGAGUUUUGUAUUGGAGACCCUAUAGGGGUAUACUCUGAAGGUGAUUUAAUGGCACAAAAAAUACCUAAUAAGUAUAUUUAGUUUA